AUGUUCGGCUACCCCCUUGCCUUGGGAGGACUGCCAGUGAUCGUCCGAGACCGGCGCGUGGACAGGUCUGGGCCGCCCCACGUGGCCACAGUGAGUAUCGGCGGCAUCCGCAUGGGUGCCAUCUCGCUUGACGGCACGUCCUUGGGGUCGCUGGGCGCUCCCUUCCCCGGGGCCGUCCACCCGCUCCUGGACCUGAUGAGAGACUCCCCACGGGACUCCCCGCGGGACCACUCUUUGACCCUGGAGCUCUACCACGAGACCAGCGAGGAGGCGGCUGAGAGGAUCCUGAGCUCGCAGCGCAUGCUCCGGGGCCAGGGCGGUCUGGCUGGCGGGGGCAGCUACUUCGCAGAGAGCCCGGCUGAGGCCCGCAGGAAGGCCAAUCAGCAUGGGGCGAUGCUGAAGGCCACUGUGCGUGUGGGUCGCAUGAAGGUGGUUCAGCGCCAAGGGAGCACCACCUUCACACAGCUCGUAUCCGAGGGCUACGACUCCGUGAAGAUUCUUGGUCGUGACUCUGGCACCGAGUAUGUCGUGUACAACUGCGCCCAGGUCACCAACAUCCGCCGAGUUUAA